AUGUCCGAGACUACUAAUGACGUUUCCGGAGCAGGAAGAUCAGUGGAAGGGAAUUCAAAUGGACAAAGAAGUCAAUCAGAAGGAGCUCUCGCGGAGUGGCAUUCGUCUGAUCAAGUCGAGAGUGGUACUCCUUCGACUACGUCACCCCCAAACUGGGACAUUGAUGAUGAUGAUGAUAUUGGACCGAAACCUUCUGAACUAUUUGGGAGACAUACUUGGAAGAUUGAGAAAUUUUCAGAGAUCAAUGAACGGGAACUUCGUAGCGAUGUUUUUGAAAUCGGUGGCCACCACUGGUUUAUCAUGAUUUAUCCACAAGGUUGUGACAACAAUCUCCCUGUGUUUCUCUGCGUUGCAAACUAUGAUGAUCUUCGUCCAGGUUGGAAUCAUUUUGCUCAGUUUACUGUAGAUUUGGUGAACACUGCUGAUCUAAAGAAAACAAAGCGUGAAGGUUACCUUUUGACAUCUUUUACUUUCGCUACAUCCCAUAUUCCAAUUACACAGACAUAUUGA